AUACACAUUCCACACUCAACACCAGCUCCCUCUGCUGCUCUCUCACGGUCGCUAUUCCAUUUGCUGCAGCGCAGGCGAGACAGGCAGUGCAAGGAGAUCUCUGUCCUGUCUGUGAGUUUUCCAGCUAAUGGCCUCGACUCUUUUUCUGACUGAGCUCUUUUGGCCUCACAUUUGCCAGCCUCUUUUCUCCCUGUUGUGGCUAAGAAGGGGGCCAGCCGACGCUUUGUGAGCCACAAAGAGAGAAGCGAACGCUUUUGGAAUUUUUCGGGUGCAAAAACAUUCGGCAGCAGUUUUUUAGCAUGUUACUUUGAAACACUGCUGUGGGACCAGACGUGCACAGGAGGAAGAGGAGGAGGAACAGCUACCCAGCAGCUCUGGUUUCCAACCUCUGCAGCACCCUUUGUGUAUGACAAUUAAUUUUGAGCGCAGGACGGCUGGGGAGGGUGGGGAGUGGGGCAGGAUGAGCGCAAACAGCCCCUCUUGGGACCAGGCUGUUCUCCAGCCUCCGGUGUGUGAUGCUUGGAAGGAGAUUACGGAGGAAGCAGCCUACCAGCUGGCCAGCUGCAUUGUCCUCCUGGGUUACAUGGGGGGAAGUGGCAUCUUUGGGUCCCUCUAUAUCUUUGGCCUCCUGGCCCCAGGCUAUUUCUGCUAUGCUCUGUGGGGCUGGCUGAGUGCUUGUGGGCUGGACAUCUUCAUCUGGAACAUGCUGCUGGUCCUCGCCUGCUUGCUUCAGCUGGCUCACCUGGCUUACCGGCUCCGCAGAAACACCAUCCCAGAAGAGUUUGACCUCCUCUACAAGACCAUGUACCUGCCCUUGCAGGUGCCCCUGGAAGUCUACAAAGAAAUCGUGAAGUGCUGUGAAGAGCAGGUGCAGUCGCUAGUCAGAGACCAGAAUUAUGCGGUGGAGGGCAAGACGCCCAUUGACCGCCUCUCGUUGCUGCUGUCUGGCAGGAUCCGAGUGUGCCAGGAUGGGCAAUUCCUUCACUACGUCUUUCCAUAUCAGUUCCUGGACUCUCCAGAAUGGGAGUCACUGCGACCUUCUGAGGAAGGAACUUUCCAGGUCACGCUGACAGCUGAGACCGACUGCAGCUACAUCACCUGGCCGAGGAAGAAGCUGUAUCUCCUCCUGAGGAAGGACCGCUACAUCGCCCGGCUCUUCUCCUCCCAUCUGGGCUAUGACAUCUCGGAGAAGCUCUACUCCCUCAACGAGAAGCUCUUCGCCAAGUUUGGCCUUCGCUUCGACAUCCGCUUGCCCAGCCUCUACCACGUCCUUGGGCCAGCCUCCUCCGAGGGUGAGUCGGAUGACUGUGAGGAGCUGCUGCCGGGCUCUGGCCAGGCCAGCGUCUCUGAGCCGCCGCCGCAGCCGCCACCGCCACCACCGCCGGCUCCACGCCCCCGGGCAUCCCGGCCCGACAGUGAUCUGCUGGGUGAGGACUCCACCAGUCUUGUCUUGGAAGAUUUUGCUGAGUUGCCGGGGUCUUUUAUGGACUAUGUGAGCGAAGGGGAGUAUAUGAAGUGAGGGCACUCCUGGCACGGGCACUCCUCACCCUGUGUGGGACCCUCGCCCUCUGAAAACCAUCUCCAGAGUUCUCACCCUCUCUGCAAAGGACGAGCCCCUCUGGCUCCCACUCAGACCCCUGAACUCUAGGGAACAACAGGCUGUUUUCAUCCCGAAGCCCCUCCAAGGGAGCAGAUGCUCACACAGGUUUUUGACCAGAGACACUCUUUAGCAUGCAGAGACGUCUGCCAGCAGAUAUCUACACUCAGGAGCACAUGAAGCACAUGCUUAAGACUGCAGUGUGACACUCCAGCACCUCCCACCCCAUGGCUGUUCACCAGAGCUGCCUUCCACAGUGUGCUUCCAUGGUCUGUUUUCUAGUUGUGCCUCUCUGAGGUUGUCAGCAGCUCUGUCACCAAAGUGCACCAAUAUCCUGCAAGCAAUUCCAGCCUGCUUGCAGAAUCUGUGUUCCUUUCGAUUCAAUGAUUCCCAUUAAAGUCGGAGAUGAAA